AUGAGGAAGAGCUAUGAUACAUCGCUAGUGCUCUUUGUGGAAUUCUAUACUACAGUAAUCAGCACGACAGGCGCCGCUGCGGCUGAGCUCGCGCUGCACGACUUUGGGGUCAGCAAGAUGACCCUCCUGGUGGCGUUCAGUCUGAUGUAUCAGCUAGGCCAAGCAGUUGGUGGUCUUGUCAUCCCCCCUUCAUCGGACCUCUUUGGCCGCCGCAUGCCCUACCUCCUGUCGUGCGCCUUGUUCAGCGUCUCCUGUCUCGUUGUGGGGAUUGCCCCGCAUAUCAGCGCUGUGUUUGUGGGCAGGUUCUUCUCCGGCCUGGCGUCAGCUGUACCCUCUGUCGUCGUUAGUGGGACAGUGGAAGACCAGUUCAACACCGAACGCCGGGUCUGGAUUGUCCUGCUCUGGAACGCCGCCGCAACGGCGGGGUUGGCCUUUGGGCCUGUGUAUGCUUCGUGCAUUAUCGAGGCCUCUAGCUGGCGCUGGAUCUUCUACAGCGCGGCAAUUGGAACCGCAGCCGGCAACGUGCUCUUGCUGGGGAUCCGAGAAAGCCGUCCGAGCAAACUACUCGCGCAGAAGAUCGCCAUUCUACGAACCCGAUAUCCAGCAGCAGAGCUGAUGUACCACACACCAGACCCGUUUCCAACUUUCCGGGUCUUCGUCGAAAUCGUCCUCGUUCGAUCCACCGUCAUGAUGGUCACGGAGCCCGUCCUGAUCAUCAUUUCCAGCAUUAGCGCUGUGUCCUGGGGCAUCAUCUACCUGUUUACCGAGUCUCUAACAGCCGCAUUCACCGAGCUAGGGCUUUCUCGCACAGAAGCAUCAUGGCCGUUCCUCGCCCUCAUCAUCGGCGUCCUCCUCGACGCCGUCCCGCAUAUCUGGGAAGUCAAGACGCUGCGAGCAAAGCGCGAGAGAAAGAUCCGUAUCGAGCCCGAAGAUAAAAUCUUCGGCUUCACGUACGGCACUAUCGCGCUCGCUGCCGGUCUCUGGUGGUUCUACGCCACGACCCCGCCGGCCCGCAGCAGCGCGCAUCCCCUCCUUCCAACAGCAGCCCUGAUCCCCAUCGGGUUUGGCGUGAACGAGAUUGCGUACACGCUUAGCGGGUAUCUAACAGAUACAUAUACUGUGUAUGCAGCAUCCGCCUUUGCAGGCCUUGCUUUCGUUAGGGCUGUUGUUGCUGGAAUUGCGCCGCUGAUUGGACACGCUCUUUUUACACAAGGGCGCAGUGUUGUUCCCGGGUAUGUGGUUGCUGCUGUGGGUACGGUGUUCUGCGGUGUUCCGUUUGUGUUUUAUAAGGUUGGCAGACGAAUGAGUGAGCGGAGUCCGUUUGCGAAGUAUAGUGUUGAGGUUGAUAGGUUGACGGGGCUGGAUCAUCGGGAGGAUUAG